CCAGUGAAGCUGCUGGUUGCAGUCUCGAGGCAGAAAGUUUGGCUCGUACUCAUCUGACAGACGAGAUCUCAGCUCACCUUGUGCUCUCAGACAACUUGCUGGCUUUGCUGCAAAUCUCGAUGUGUGCAACUUUGAAAGUAGCUGUGAUGACGGGAGACGCCUCUCAGAUGGUUUGAUAAAUCAGCAGGACUUAUGAAUAAAAACACACCACCCUCAACGGGGACAGGGAGAGACAGAACACACUGUUGCAUUGGGGGGUUCCUGUCCUGGUCUAAGCAUCAGAGCAUAAUGGCUGCUUUUAAAGGGAUCUGGACCAAGAAGUUCUGGAGGGCUGUGUCAGGAGAAUACCUGUCCACGGUCAUCUUUGUCCUCCUGAGUCUGGGCUCCACCAUAAACUGGGCUGCGGAGGAGGAGAAUCCUCCCCCAGCUGAUGUAGUCCGCAUCUCCCUGUGCUUUGGUCUCAGCAUCGCCACCAUGGUGCAAUGCUUCGGCCACAUCAGCGGUGGACACAUCAACCCGGCCGUCACUGCCGCGAUGGUCGUAACUAGAAAGCUGAGCCUGGCGAAAGCUGUGUUCUACAUGAUGGCUCAGUGUCUGGGCGCCAUUACCGGAGCUGGGAUUCUUUAUUUAGUCACGCCUGCUGCUGUUCAAGGAUCAUUGGGGGUGACAAUGGUGAACUCCAAGAUCUCACUGGGACACGCCCUUCUUAUUGAGCUUUUCAUCACCUUUGAACUGGUCUUCACUAUCUUCGCGACCUGUGACCCCAAACGCACAGACCUGAGCGGCUCUGCAAGCCUGGCCAUUGGCUUUGCUGUUGCCAUAGGUCACUUAUUUGCAAUUCCUUACACCGGAGCCAGCAUGAACCCUGCUCGGUCCUUUGGGCCAGCAAUGGUCACACUGAACUUUGAGAACCAUUGGGUUUACUGGCUGGGUCCCAUUCUGGGAGGCGUCCUGGCUGCAGCGCUGUAUGAAUACCUGUACUGUCCUGACCCUGAGAUCAAGAAGAGGCUGAAGCAAGUCUUUAAGAGAGACUCCUCCGGGGGAUACAAAGAGGUGGAACCCGAGGAGCCUGUCAUCAAACAGGGCUUCAUUCAUCACAUCGAUCUGGAGAAAGCGGAGACAAAAGAUCCUUUCCAGGAGUCGUCAGGGGAAGUGCUGUCCUCUGUAUGACUAUCACGCGCUCUGAAGAUGGAGACCAAUUUGUAAAAAAGAAUGGCAAUCAAAGUCUGAAGGAUCCAUCUUGAGCUUGUCCCCUCCAAACCAGAAUAUGAUUUCUAUCAACAGCUCUAUUACUGUCACUGAAGCAAUUUUGGCAUUAUACAGCUAAAUCCCACAAACAUCUGCAGCUUGUUCAGUACUCGUCCCGGAGACCCCUCUUGAUUCCAUGGUUGUGUUUUCAUGCUGCACAUGUUUCACACUGCAAAAUGACAGCCAGCAAUACAUCGUGUUGAGCUAAUAUGUGUAUGGGAGGCGGUCGACCACUAAUGUGGGGUCAUCCUGCUGUAUUGGAGAAGUAAAGAAGAAAAGGGAGCUUUGUUAUUUUUGGAUUAGUGUCACUUUGGGUUUUUGUAAUUGAAGGGGAGACAUUAUAGAUCCGGAGCUACAUAAAGAAGUGCUGACAAACUGCAUUAAAUGACAUAUUUCACAGAAUUCUCCAGUUUCAGUGCAACGAUCAG